UUAUUGAAAAUGUAUACUAGUAGAAAGAGAGCAGGAGGUAGCAGUCUUGGUAACGAGCUUCCUCUUUUAACACCUCGAAAAGAGAUUGAGUAUUAUUCACCAUUAAGAAGCUCAAGAAAGGGAUACCACUACGGCAGAUAUGCUGAAGAUAUGUACCCUCAUUAUUACCACGAGUCUAUCCGCCGUUCUUGGGAUCUACAUAAUGCGGCUUUGGAGGAUUUGAAUAAUAAAUAAGGCUAUGAUUGAUCUGGCAAAGCAGAAUCAAGAGUUGAAGCAUAAGAUAAAGGAGAAGCAUAGGAAGGACAAGAUAGCACUUGAUGCAUCUCUAAAAUUAUACAAGUUAAAACAGGAUAUAUACGGGCAACUUCAAGAAGAUUCUCUGAAACAGUUAGUCAAGCAAAAACAAAGAGCUAUUGAUGACGAUGUUGAAGAUAGAGCUAUUCAUGACAUUCUGGCCACACAUCAGGACAACCUGAAAGGGCUCACUAAUUCUAUCUUUGUAGCUAAAGAGGAAAAAUUUAAGCAAGCUGCUGAUGACCUCCAUGCGAAACUUUCAGAAAUAGAAGCGAGGAGGUUGCUGGACAAGAAAAUGAGUAAAAAUUACAAGAAGCAGGUGAAACGACUUAAGAAUGACGAAGAGUAUAUGACUAAUAAGUUCAUGAAUGAGUACCAGAGGAUUGAUUAUUUGAAUAACAUGUAUAACCCUUAUUACGUUCCUCCUAUCUCAGGAAUUGGAGCAUUGAAUCUUGGCAAUGGCAAGAAGAAAGACAUGUAAAUUUUCGAGAAGAAUCAUUAUAAGUUUAAUAUAAUAA